UCCCUUCCGGUUCACACGAGCCGCACGUGUGCUUUCCUUUUCUCUCCUUCCCCGUUCUCUAGCCGAUUCUCUCUGUCUAGGGCUCCUCCGUCUUCUUCUUACCUUCACAAACCACAAACCUUCUCUUCUCUACGAAGAGGAAAGUGAUUUUGAUCCACCUUGAUCGGAGACGGCGUUCCAUAACUAGAGGUCGGAGAACAAAAUAAACUCUUAUCUCAUCGCUCCGGUGUAUCGAAUUCGAGGGGGGUUUUUGUUCGGUUUAGUAGUGAUUGAUUGAUUUUGAUGGAAGAUAGUGUGGUGGAUGAUGUUAUAAAGAGGUUACUGGGAGCGAAAAACGGGAAGACGACGAAGCAGGUUCAGUUGACGGAGGCUGAGAUUAAACAUCUUUGUUCUACCGCUAAGCAGAUCUUUCUCACUCAACCUAAUCUUCUUGAACUCGAGGCUCCUAUUAAGAUUUGUGGAGAUACUCAUGGUCAGUUCUCAGAUCUUUUGAGAUUGUUCGAGUACGGUGGCUACCCACCAGCUGCAAACUAUUUGUUUCUUGGGGAUUAUGUAGAUCGUGGAAAGCAGAGUGUAGAGACCAUAUGCCUUCUCCUUGCUUACAAGAUCAAAUACAAAGAGAAUUUCUUUCUUCUACGGGGGAACCAUGAGUGUGCUAAUAUAAACCGUAUAUACGGAUUCUAUGACGAGUGCAAGAAGAGAUAUAGCGUUCGAGUCUGGAAGAUAUUUACUGACUGCUUUAAUUGUCUCCCUGUUGCUGCUCUUAUCGAUGAAAAGAUCCUCUGUAUGCAUGGUGGGCUAUCCCCUGAGUUGAAGCACUUGGAUGAGAUCAGGAACAUUGCUCGUCCUGCUGACAUUCCUGAUCAUGGACUACUCUGUGAUCUCUUGUGGUCUGAUCCUGACAAGGACAUUGAAGGAUGGGGAGAGAAUGACAGGGGCGUCUCUUACACUUUUGGGCCUGAUAAAGUCGAGGAGUUUCUCCAAACACAUGACCUUGACUUAAUUUGCAGAGCUCAUCAGGUUGUGGAAGACGGGUAUGAAUUCUUUGCAAAUAGACAGCUAGUAACGAUAUUCUCGGCCCCAAACUACUGCGGAGAGUUUGAUAACGCAGGAGCAAUGAUGAGUGUGGAUGAUUCAUUGACGUGCUCAUUUCAGAUCCUUAAAGCAUCUGAGAAGAAAGGAAAUUUCGGAUUUGGCAAAAAUGCAGGAAGGCGAGGAACCCCGCCUCGCAAGGGUGGAAAAGGCUGAAGAAAAAUCCAAUAAACUCUGCUUUGUGUGUUCCAUGUUUCUUGGUUCAAGACACUUGCUUGAUCAGCUGAACUUAUCAAACUGUCUUCUUCUUCUUCUGCUCUGGAUCACUCUAGCAAGGGGUACUUCUGUAUUAUUCUCUGUGAGAUACACUUUAUGUCGUUUUUUUGUUAAAACAUUUAUAUGAAAAUCCUAAUGUUCCUCGUCACUUGGAAAAAACGGCACGGUGUUUUGUUUGGAAACUUAA